GGAAGGGGCGGAGCGCGCGCGCGGCCGCGGAGGAAGCCCGGGCGGCCGCAGCGACAGCCGGAGCCCCCCGCCACCGCCGCCGCCGCCGCCGCAGCGCGCGAGACCCCCCACUGCGGCCCCAUGGCCCCCGCCGCGGCGCCCUGCUCGCUGGCCCUGCGGGCCCCGGGCCCGCUCGCCGCGCCCAGCUCCUACGGCGUCUUCUGCAAGGGGCUCUCCCGCACCCUGCUCGCCUUCUUCGAGCUGGCCUGGCAGCUGCGCAUGAAUUUCCCGUACUUCUACAUCGCGGGCUCCGUCAUCCUCAACAUCCGCCUGCAGGUACACUUUUAGCGCCGCCGCGGGGGCGGCCCGGUGGCGCGGGCCCCGGCAUCAUGGCCGACUCCCCGGAGACGCGGCGGCGGCGGCGGCAAUGGCGGCGCUUGCCGCCGCGGUCUCGCGAGAGCGCCGGAUCGCGCGCGCGCCCGUGCGCGCGCACUGCCCCGCCCCCGCCCUCGUCCCGCGCCUGCGCUCUUCGUUCCCAGUCGCCGAGAGCCGCUCUGUGACUCGCCAGAGCCCGCGCGCACACCGUCGGGGGAUGGAGCGUUGUUGCAAGUGAAGACCCGGGGAGGAACCUCGGACACGCGCUGUCUCUGCCGAAACCUGGACUUUGGGACCCACGGGGUGAGGCGUUCAAUGGUUUGUGGGGUUUUUUUUCCCCCAUGACUGACGCUCAUCGACCCGCUCAGGAUCCAAGGCGGAAGGAAAGGAUGGACUUGGGGGAGAUUGGACGGUGAGCAAGCAGGGACCUUGCAAGGGACAUAAACGAAGAGCUGCAGGCCCCGCUGGGGCACGGUGUGCACGUCCUCAGCCCCCCGAGAAAGCCCUGAGCAGCAGGACCUUGGAAGGCGGGACCGACUGUGCAGGAACUGCAUGCUUCCAACGGCAGAACGGGGCCGGGGGUUUGGGAUGUGAGCAAGUGGACUGGAUCUCGGAGCCAAAGAGAAGGGAAUCCUGGCAAACGCAUCGCGUGGCUCUUUCGUGCAUCACCUGUAGAUAAUCAUACCAGUGUCAAUGCUGUUUAUGAUUUUCAUCUUUUAAAUCAAAAAAAAAAAAAAAACCAGUGCAAAUGUUAGCUUUGCUCGUGUGAAAAGGACAGUUUGUUUUACCGAGUCGGGAUGUUAAAAGGAGAAUCAAGGUAAAUUGAAUGUAGUGCUACCCUUACAGAGUGGGAAAAUGUAAAAUUGUUAAAAUUAUAUGACUAUAUUUAGGAGAAAAGAGAAAAUUGAAGUCAGCAAGAAAUUCCUGUAGAAGCAGCUUUAAGGUGAAAUGUCUCCCCUGUACCCCGCACCUCCCAAAAAAGGGAGGAAUUGAGUACCUGUGUGUUUAAAUGCAGAGACCAGAGAAUUUAAGUUGUUUUGAGAGUCCGGAUAUAAAGUUGAGGCAUUUAUGGACCCCGGGAGAGAUAAACGUUUUCCCAGAAUUGCAUUGCAUACCUGAACAUGUGAAUCAUAGUAGCCAAAGUCACUCAUCAUCAUGUAAACACUGAAUAGAGUUAUAACAAAAUUAUUAUAUAACGUUGGGGGCAUUGAAGAGGAGGUGUGUGUAAUGGGGAAGAAGCAGUCCCCCUUUAGCUAGAACCAGUCAAUCUAGAAAUACAGAAAGGUCAAUUACAUAUAUAUAAAUAAGUUAUUCAGAAGAGCGUCCCAGCCAAGAGGUUAUCACCGAAAAAUAAAAUCCAGAACAGGUAGAAAAGGCGGGGAGCACGGUUGUGUUUUCACUAACAGUAUUAUUUGAUGUCUUAACUGUGUACUUGAUUAAAAAAUUCAUUUCAAUUGUAAAA